AUGUCAACUUCUGCAUCAAAACGUCGCCAUUCGCUCGGAACUCCAUUAAGAAACCUCAGAGAAACGAAUGCUCCUUUAAACGACGACGCCUCAGAGCUCAGAUCGCGUAGAAAAUCUUUAGCAGACUCAAUGCGAAGAAAAUCCUUAAAUGUUUCUGGAGGUAAUAGCGCUCCUGUUAGAGCCGGUAGUUCAGGUAGUCAAAACGCGUCAACUCCAAGCCAAAGAAACUCGAUUAAACCUUUGGAAGUAGUCACUCCUGUUCAAAAGAUACCAGAUGAACAAAUGCAUAUUAAUUUUGAAGAAUGGAUGAAAAUGGCGACCGAUAACAAAAUUAAUGCUAACAAUAGUUGGAAGCUUGCAUUAAUUGAUUAUUUUCAUGAAAUAACAUUAUUGAAAGAAGGCGAUUCUAUAAAUUUUCAAAAGGCUUCAUGUACAUUGGAUGGAUGUGUAAAGGUUUACACUUCACGCGUUGAUUCUGUAGCAACAGAAACAGGAAAACUUUUAAGUGGAUUGUCAAAUAACUCCAAAAAUAACGAUGAGAACGAUGGAAACGAUGAUGUCAAUCCCGAAAGUCGCACUCGCAAAAAGACUACAAGAUCGGAAACGACAUUGGCUAAAGACUAUAGUGCCCUGACUGUAAAGAAAUUUGACUUAGAAUUCUCAGUCGAUCCGCUUUUUAAAAAAACUUCAGCAGACUUUGAUGAAGGCGGCGCUCGAGGUUUGCUAUUAAACCACUUGUCAGUCGAUAGGGACUGCAAAAUCAUCUUCGAUGCGAGUGAUGCCAUACCUGAUGAAAACGGCAAUGAUACGUUGACUACAGAAGAUGAUAACGAACCAAAAAUUGACAUUACCAAACAUCGUUGUGGCAAAAUUUCUCUCAGAACUCCAACAAAUAUUCAACAAGGAGAUUUGUCCUUCAUUGAAGGAUUUUAA